AUGGCUCGUAAGGUUUUUAACAUGCAGCCCAUCGGCCGAUUCUAUGGCGCCAGCACCUCCAUUCGACGUCCCAGGGAAAUCACUUGCUUUUCGUACGAUGAUGACCAUCAAUUUCAUCUGGGAGAGCCGUCCCUGCGGUACUACUACCCGCCCAGUCUUCCUGCGGAUUUAAAUCGCGGCUUUGAUACCUUCCAAAAACUGGAUGAUGCAGCAGAUGAACAUCUAGAUGCCCUUUUGGAGACGAUCAUUGCUCACGAAAAGGAAACGGGGAAGAAAUGCGAGACCGACAUCAUCACCUGGAGAGGCAUGAUGACCAAGAUCCUGACCGCUCCGUUUGAUACGAUGAACGGGUGGGAAAUGAACGCGACCAAUUUCCAGGGAACGAUAUUCAUCGAAGAAAAUAAUGCAUACAAAAACCUGCAAAAGCAAAUACAGCACAAUCAGAGGAUGCCUCCGGGAAUGGCUUCCCAGGAACUGAUGGCAUACUGGGGUUACAAGUUCGAGACACUGUCCCUUCUCAAUCAGACAUGGGAUUCAACUUCCCGCAGCGAGAUUGAGGGUCGUGAAGACUUGGUCGUGAAUAACAAUGCGCAGUACUGCUCCAUCGUUCGGACAGGAAUCGGCAGUACCCGGCUAGUGAUCGGUGGAGAAGUUGACGCCGUUUGGGAUUCCAAACCUGACCGCAAAGAAGAUCCGAUCAACUGGGUGGAGCUUAAAACCUCAGCCGAGAUCAGGAAUGACCGAGACAUGGUUAAAUAUGAGCGGAAACUCCUGAAGUUCUGGGCUCAGUCUUUCCUACUGGGCGUCCCCAAGAUUAUUGUGGGCUUUCGUGAUCAACAAGGCAUUGUCCACCGGCUCGAGGAGCUUGAUACGGCCAGCUUACCUGGCAGGGUCAAGAAAUUUGGAAAGGGGACAUGGGACGGAAAUAUUUGCAUCAACUUUGCAGCCGAGUUUCUUGACUGGCUAAAAUCAACAAUAUGUGAAGAAGGCACGUGGAGAAUUCGAAAGCCUGAGCAAUCGUCUGUGAUCGAAGUUUUGAAGAUCGAAGAGACCGGGACAGGUGACAUUCUUUCUUCGGCGUUUUCGACUUGGCGAUCCUCGUCUUGA